AUGGGAGAAGGAAAUAUUUUUUAUUGUUUAAUCACAAUUAUUCGAAGGGUUGCAAAAUUGCCAAGAUUGCAGCUACAUCAUCUACAUAAGAAUGAUUACUGGUAUAUUAUUACUUCAUACUUCUUAUACUAUUCACAAGUUUGUCUUGAAAUAGCUGUCACUGCUACUGGUGGUGUCGGAUUUAAACAAGUGGACUUGUUGAAGGCAUUAUUGGAUUCAGGUAAAUCAAGCGCAGGAUUUCUGUCAAAGAAAUUACUGAAGGUGAAUUUUGUGAGUUUCAAUUGGCAUAACUGGGAAAUCUCCCACACGAGGGAUCCCAACCAAGUAUUCAUUUCUGACAUCAUCUACACCGUUAGCCCAAGAACCCAAACCAGUAUCAGAUUGAGAUUGGUUAGUGUGUGUCACCAGCUACGAAAAAUUCAUGAUAUUUGGUGA